GUUGAAGACUGCCGCGUGUGACGCCGCCAGGUACUGAACCCUUCAUCGGCCCCUCCCUCCAUUUUCUCAAUUUUCUCCAGGUUCCUCCAGCUAUUCAGUUGUCAGGCAGACAGACGUCAAGGUUGUUCUUCUUCUGAAAUCUCUUCUUCUUCCAGCUUCAAUUCCAAUCCUACAAAUACUACGUACCAGCACAAUGGCCGCUCUCUCGCCUUACAAGGCUGACUUCCUCAAGGCCUCCAUCGACGGCGGCGUCCUCAAGUUCGGCAGCUUCGAGCUCAAGUCCAAGCGCAUCUCCCCCUACUUCUUCAACGCUGGCGACUUUUACCGUGCCGACCUUCUCCAGGCCAUCUCCACUGCCUACGCCAAGUGCAUUAUCGAGGCUCACAAGAGCGGCCAAUUGGACUUUGACAUUGUUUUCGGCCCCGCCUACAAGGGCAUUCCCCUCGCUACCGCUGCCACCGACAAGCUUGCCCAGCUUGACCCCGAGACCUACGGCAAGAUCUGCUACUCUUUCGACCGCAAGGAGGCCAAGGACCAUGGCGAGGGAGGCAACAUUGUUGGCGCCCCUCUGAAGGGCAAGAGAAUCCUCAUUGUUGACGAUGUCAUCACUGCUGGCACUGCUAAGCGUGAGGCUAUCGCCAAGAUCGAGAAGGAGGGCGGCAUUGUUGCUGGCAUCGUCGUUGCUCUUGAUCGCAUGGAGAAGCUCCCUGCCGCUGAUGGUGACGAUAGCAAGCCCGGCCCCAGUGCUAUGGGCGAGCUCCGCAAGGAGUACGGCAUUCCCAUCUUUGCCAUCCUUACUCUGGACGACAUCAUUGAGGGCAUGAGGGGUCUUGCCUCCCCUGAGGACGUCAAGAAGACGGAGGAAUACCGCGCCAAGUACAAGGCUACCGACUAAACGCUGGAGUUGGAUUCUGAUAAAAUAGUAACAUGUAUAUCACAGAAGAAGAUGAUGAAGAAGAAAAAAA